AUGAACUCUUAUUCUUUAUAUCACUGUGCCCUGCACACCCUGAGUCUGGCAGUGCUUGUUGCUGGGAAUGUCCACCCAGAAUGUGAUUUUAUGGUGGAGCUGAAGAAAAAGGAGGCUGAAUGUCUGGAGGCCCCACAAGAGCAUGGAAAUGCAACAUCACCAGGUUGCAAGAGAACUUGGGACAAAUUGUUGUGCUGGCCAGAGGCAGAUGCUGGAGAGAUUCUUGCCUUACCAUGUCCAAACAUCCUCUUUCACUUCAUGAAGGAGCCAGCUGGGAUGAUAAAAAGAAACUGCACAAAAAAGGGCUGGUCUGAUCCAUUCCCUCCCUACCAUGUGGCCUGUCCAGUAGAAGAUGAGAUUCCUCUUGAAGAACAAUCCUACUUUUCUACUAUAAAGAUCAUCUACACUGUGGGAUACAGCGUGUCCAUCUCCUCCCUCAUCAUUGCUGUGACAGUUCUGAUUGCAUUCAGGAGGCUUCGCUGUCCCAGGAAUUAUAUCCAUGUACAGCUCUUUUUUACAUUCAUCUUAAAGGCUAUUGCCAUUUUCAUUAAGGAUGCUGUCCUUUUCCAGGAGGAAGGCAUUGAUCACUGCAGCUUCUCUACAACUGAAUGCAAGAUCUCUGUGGUUUUCUGUCACUACUUCAUGAUGACCAAUUUCAUGUGGCUGCUGGUGGAGGCUCUCUACCUGAACUGCCUGCUGCUCUCAUCCCUUUCUCAUGGAAGAAGAUAUUUUUGGUGGCUGGUUCUCUUUGGCUGGGGUUUUCCAACACUUUUCACCCUUAUAUGGAUAUUGACAAAAUUCUACUUUGAAGACACAGCAUGCUGGGAUAUUAAUCAAGGCUCUCCUUAUUGGUGGCUAAUCAAAGGACCAAUUAUAAUUUCUGUGGGGGUCAAUUUUGUCCUAUUUAUCAACAUCAUCAGAAUUUUGCUGAAAAAACUAGACCCUAGACAAAUCAACUUCAAUAAUUCUUCUCAGUACAGACGUCUGUCAAGGUCAACUCUGCUUCUAAUUCCUUUAUUUGGAACCCAUUACAUUGUCUUCAACUUCCUCCCAGAAUAUACCAGCCUGGGGGUUCGUCUUUAUUUGGAGCUCUGCGUUGGAUCUUUUCAGGGGUUUAUUGUGGCAGUUCUCUACUGUUUCCUGAACCAAGAGGUGCAAACGGAAAUCGGCCGGAGGUGGCACAGGAAGAGAUACGGGCUGGUGCCAGUGUGGAGGAGGACCAGGUGGACUGUGCCCUCCAGCUCUGGGGUGAAAAUGACCACAUCUGUGUGCUGA